UCCUACCUCCUCUCCUUCUCCUCUCACACAUGCUGCUGGUAACAAAGGAGACAACAACAGAGGAUGAUGCAUGUCAGAGAAACAAUAAGAACCUGAGCCCGUUUGCUUCUACGUUGUGGUUUAUUUUUUCUUAAUCAGCAUAUUUAACGACCGGUUUUUAUUCCCUCUCUCUCUCUCUGCGGGACGAUUUACGCAUAAAGUAACGUUAACGUUACACUAACGCAGCUGCGCCCCGGACCGAUUUUGUGCAAAAGCGUGUUUUCUAGUGUUUGGACUGCCAACGCUAGAGCCGAAUAACUGCAGUGGGAGAACCAGACAUGCCUGAAUAACACCGGUAAUGAUGACAUGCUCACAUUGACUGUUUCCCUUAAAGCCUGACCUCUGAUUGGUCAGUGCUGGGAGUUAAAGACAUCGUAAGAGAAGACUUCCAGCUACCAUGUCUGUCCAGGAAGCAUCCCAGCGGCCCACGUCGCCUCUGCCCCUCAAACCUGCGGCCAAACCGAAACCGGCGAUCCCUCAGAAACCGUCCCCACAAACCGGCUCCCCUCUUCUGGGAGACGGAGGCGGCAGCGCGAGCCUCUCUGGAGGAAAGGUCAAGAGGAUUGUGAACAAGUUUAGCAAACAGGAUUCAGCCGAACCGGUGGGGGGGAAACCCACCAACGGUACUGCUGCGAAAGUACCGGUGAUUAAGCGGCUCAAAAGGCCGCCCACGGUGAAGCCCAAACCGGGCCGCUCCAGUCUGCAGCUUCAGAUCGGGGGAGAGAAGGCGCCUCCGCUGCCGGUGAAGAGGAGCCGCACCCUGCAGUUGCAGAAAGAGGGGGAGGGAGGAGAGGAGGGGGACGGCAUCAGUGUGGAGGGAGGUCGAUCAGCACCUGAUGGAAAGGAGGUGGAGAUUCCGCUGAUUGUAGGAGGUGAAGCGGAGGCGGAGCACAGUUCUCACACGCCUCUCGGUCCAUGCUGCGAGCCGAGCUGCAGCUGUGUGUGCCACCUCCAGUGGCCCGGGAUGAAACUCAUAUGGGUGCCCGUGGACAUGGACGAUGCAGAUGAGACUGAUGAGGAAGAGCUUUGGGAGGAGGAUAUAGAGGUAGUGACGGGAGGGGGAGAGGACAGCGAUGUGGGGGAUGAGGUGGACAGGAUGUCUGUGAUUGAUGAGAGGGAAGUGUUGAAACAAGAAAAGGCAAAGCUCCACCAAUGUCUGGAUGUUUUGAUCGCCGACAAUCACAGGAGACUUUCGGACCCGGGCCCCCGCGCCGUCCUCUCGUCUCUCGCUGCCACUCGCUCUCAGUCUCCCCCGGUUCCUCCGAAACGGGCUCAGUCGCCACAAAUUCACCACUUGCCCACUCAAGACGAGGAAGAAAACAUUUACGAGGCCACGCUUCCGGUGGUCAACCCCGCUCCUAAACAGUCCACAACCCUGUGUAAGGAGCUGGAUAUUCCUCUCAUCAAGGUACGCAAACCGGCCCGCUGGUUUAAACUGUCCUACAGCACCUCGGACCCAACGUCAGAGUUUCAGACGGACACAGAACUCGUCCCGAGCCAGGGCGACGCGCCGCCCGCCAUCCCGCCAAGGAGGCCCGUGAUUCAAGACAGCCGCAGCCUCACGCCGGUCCACCGGGGCAUCCCUCUACCCCAGCCCACGCUGGAGGAGUGGCGCAACCUGCGGCCCUCGUCCCCUAGCGGCUCCGCAGCAGCCAGCGGACUGAGCCCCCAGAUGACCGUCACUCCCCCCCCACUCAGCCCUCACAGACCCCCGCCUCCGCCGCCAAAGAUGGAUCCCAGGAGGCUCAGUAGUGCCUCGAUGCAAUCCCUCACGCAAAGAAAAGAAGGAGAGGAGAAUGGAGGGAAUGAUGGAGAAAAGGAGGAUACAGCUGAAGAGCUGCUUCUAGUCAGGAGCGACUCCCUCAGGAGGGAGACUUCGUUCAGCUGGGAGUCCCGGCUGCAGGAUGAGCCUAUGUACCAGACGUACCGCGCCACCGUCAUCAUCAAGGAGAUCCGACGCCAGACAGUUUGUCGCAACAUCAGCAAAACCAGCGUGGACUUCGCCAUGGACUGGACGGCUCGUCGCGGAACCGGUACCGGAAAUGGAGCACCGAAGGGCAGCCCGGUGCCCGCAGUGGGCCAGAGCACCCUGUGGCAGGACCUCCCGGCCGUGCGGGAGGCAGGGGUGCUGGAGCAGCUCACCCCCGAGCAGUGCAAGUACCAGGAGAGUAUGUUCGAGGUCCUGACAUCCGAGGCCUCUUACCUUCGAUCCCUGCGGGUUCUGACCGAACACUUCCUGAACAGCCGGGAGCUGCAGGAGACGAUGAUCAUCAGAGACAAGAAAACCCUCUUCUCCAACAUCCUGAGGAUCCGAGAGGUCAGCGAGAGGUUCUUGAAGGACCUGGAGGAACGCAUAUUCAAGGACCUGGUCUUCCACGACAUCUGUGACAUCAUCCACUACCAUGCCCAGCACAACUUCCCGGCCUACAUCGACUACGUCCGCAACCAGAUCUACCAGGAUAAGACCUACACCUCUCUCAUGAAGAACAACGCACCGUUCGCGACGGUCAUCGCUCGUCUCCAAGAGUCGCCUCAAUGCCAGCGGCUGCCCUUCAUGUCCUUCCUCCUGCUGCCCUUCCAGCGAAUAACACGCAUCAAAAUGCUCCUUGAGAACAUCCUGAGGAGAACAAAGGAGAAGACGACAGAGGAGCAGACGGCCUCCAAGGCUCUGACUUCGGUGUCGAAGAUCAUCGACGAUUGUAACACACAGGUGGGACAGAUGAGACAGAUGGAGGAGCUGAUCCAUGUCUCUCAAACACUGGAGUUUGACAAGCUCAAGGCCGUCCCCAUCAUCUCCCAGACACGAUACCUGGAGAAGAAAGGGGAGCUGCACGAAAUGUCCAAAGGAGGAACUCUCUUCAACAAGAGGUCAAAGUUCAACCCCAUCUACCUCUUCCUCUUCAACGAUCUGCUCAUCAUCGCUGCCAAGAAAGGUGCGGAGCGUUUUGUGGUACUCGACCACGCCCACCGCUCUCUGGUGCAGGUACAGCCAACCGAUGAAGGCGGGGGUGGCGCCGGCCCCUUAGAGCACUGCUUCAACCUCACCCUGCUGGAAAACCACCAGGGACGCAUGAUGGAGAGGCUGCUCAAAGCCCCCUCCCAGUCAGACAUGCACAGGUGGAUGGCGGCUUUCCCCAACCCGACCAACCCAGACAGAGAUGAGGAAGAAGUGAUUUACGAGGACUGGGAUUGUCCUCAGGUGCAGUGCGUGGAGCAGUACAUCGCCCAGCAGGCGGACGAGCUCACCCUGGAGCCCACUGAGAUCGUCAACGUCGUCCGCAAAACCAACGAGGGCUGUUGUGAAGGCAUCCGCCUGUCAGACGGUCAGAAGGGCUGGUUCCCCGCAGCCAACGUCGUAGAGAUCACCAACGAGCACGUGAGGCGGCGAAACCUGCGAGAGCGCUACAGGGUCAUGCAGGCUGCAACCAUGGUCGCCAGCAGCAAGGCCAACACGCUGCAUUAGGACCGACGGAUGUUUACAUUAACAAUAGUUUAAAAGGACGAUGGAUGGAUACAAACUCUCCAAGUGAACUUUGUACAAAGAUUUUUAGUUUGAAGUGUCUGUUUCCAACAACUAGGAAAUGAAAGAUAAAAGGAGAAGGGUGACGAUCACGAGACAUAACAGACCAGCAAUCGUCACCGUAUUUAUACUACUGGAGUACACAAGUGUGAUUCACUACUGAGACACGCUAUGGGAAUGUGCAUGCACCCAUUCAGGAACAGAGAUCUGUAUCUCACAGCUGUACUGUUUACCUCUACUUGUAGCACUUCAACGGUAUGAAACUGCACAUAUGAAAAGAAAAGGGUUAGGGUGUGUUCCUGUUGAUGUCUCUUUGUGUCACCUGCUCACAAGUUCAAUGCGUGAGCCAGAAUACAGGACAAACACGUUUUAGAAAAGAAUAAUAAUCAGGAAGUGCCUUUGAACAGCCUCAAAACACAGAACUACACACCAGGACUUCCAUCUGGAGCUUUGAACAUGCGUGUAAACGUGGGCUGAGCUGCUCUGCCAUUGUGACGUUACAGCCCACAGCCUUGUUAGCUUGUGUCGGUAGCCAUUUUUGGAUUAAUACUGUAGCUCCCCCUGCAGCGUGUUGUCAGUGAAGACGGGAUAUUCUUUGUGGAUACAUGUACAAUAUGUUGUGAAUAAUGAGCGAGGGGGAUUCUCUCCUUCAACAGUAGUAGUGAUUUUAUUAAAAACAUGCGUCUUUUUA